AUGGCAACUGAAUCUGGUUUUGCAUAUAGUUUGAAAAUCUGGGUCUAUAAGUUUGUACUCAAGUUAGAUUUGCAUGAUGACAAGGAUAAGCAGAAGGCCUUGAAAACCGUUUCAACUCUUUCAGGAAUUGAUGCCAUCUCCAUGAACAUGAAAGAGAAGAAGUUAACAGUGAUAGGAACAGUAGAUCCAGUAAGUGUUGUGAGCAAAUUGCGCAAAUACUGGCAGACAGACAUAGUGGAAGUAGGGCCAGUGAAGGAGCCAGAGAAGAAAGAGGAUACCAAGAAAGCAGAAGCCAAGAAGGAGGGAGACAAGAAAGAGGAGCAAAAGAAGGAAGAGGGCAAGCAAGAAGGAAAGAAAGAAGAAAAGAAGGAAGAUGAGAAAAAGAAAGAGCCACCCCCAGAUCCUGUUUUGGAAUGGGUCAAGGCUUAUAGGGCAUAUAACCCCUACAUGACCACACACUACUAUGCUCCAAGCAUUGAAGAGAAUCCCAAUGCCUGUGCCAUUUGUUAA